AUGGAAACGCUCCUCGGCGCGCUCUCUGGCUCUCCUCCCUCUCCUCCGCUUCUGCUCCUCAACUGCGCAUCGGCACUCCGGCAGCAGCACGGCGGGAGUCACGAGCACGAGCGUCUGAGAGAGAGAAUCUGAAGUUCAAACAUGGUCAGCUGGGGUUCGGACCGCACUCUUCUUCGUUGGUGGAAUAUGUUGGAAUAUGAGACAGCAUGAGCGGUUUCCCUCUGGUGCUGUCAGACUGAUCCGUCCCUGAACUCCGGGGUGAGACCGGACUGCUGCUUCUGUUUGGGUCAGACAUCCUGACGAUGUGAGAACAGCGCUGGACGGAAACAAACUUCACUGAGAGGCAUCGCAGUGCGUCACAGCCGAGCGCAGCGCCGUUACGCAUGGAUCCAGCUCGGCACUGAGAGGAUUUCUCUGACUCCGUUUAUGAUUUUAGCUCCGACUCCAGAGGAAAAAGUGAUUCUUCUCCUCCUCAGACAGAAAAUGAGGAGCUGUCUGCUCAGACUAGCACUCUUCCUGGCUUGCGUCCUCUCCAUCCGCUGCACCGCUGCGCCCGGGACCGAGGCGCAGGCGCACACGGCGUCCCAGGAAACGUGCGCGUCCUGCGGCGUGGCUCAGCCCGAGGAGCCCGGGCUGAACGUGGACUUUCUGGAGGCGGUGAAGAGGCACAUCCUGAGCAGGCUGCAGAUGAGAGAGAGGCCCAACAUCACGCACCCCGUGUCCAAGGCGGCCAUGGUGACGGCGCUGAGGAAGCUGCACGCCGGGAAGCUCCGGGAGGACGGGAGGGUGGAGAUCCCCAACCUGGACGGGCACCCGAUGAGCAACGAUGUGCUGGAGGAGAGCUCCGAGAUCAUCAGCUUCGCCGAGAAAGAUGAUCUGGUGACGUCCAAAUCCAGCCUAUUCUUCCAGAUCUCCAACGAGGGGAACCAGAACCUGUACGUGACCCAGGCUACCCUCUGGCUCUACUUCAAGCUGCUGCCGUCUCCUCUGGAGGUCCGCCCGAGGCGGAAGGUGACGGUGAAGGUGUACUACCAGGAGCCGGGUCUCAGCAGUAAGUGGAACCUGGUGGAGAAGCGGGUGGAGCUGAAGCGCAGCGGCUGGCACACCUUCAUACUGACCGACGCCGUGCGGCUGGUGUUCGAGAAGGGCGACCGGCGGCAGAACCUGGACGUGCGAUGCGAGGGCUGCGAGACGGACGGCGUCGUGCCCGUCCUGCUGAACCACAACGACGAGUCCCACCGGCCCUUCCUGGUGGUUCAGGCCCGACAGGCCGACAACAAGCACCGCAUCCGUAAGCGGGGGCUGGAGUGCGAUGGCAGCAGCAGCCUGUGCUGUCGGCAGCAGUUCUACAUAGACUUCAGGCUCAUCGGCUGGAACGACUGGAUCAUCGCACCGUCCGGUUACUUUGGGAACUAUUGCGAGGGGAACUGUCCCGCCUACAUGGCCGGCGUCCCCGGCUCCGCCUCGUCGUUCCACACGGCGGUGGUGAACCAAUACCGCAUACGUGGGAUGAGCCCGGGCUCCAUGAACUCCUGCUGUAUCCCCACCAAGCUCAGCACCAUGUCCAUGCUCUACUUCGACGACGAGUACAACAUCGUGAAGAGGGACGUUCCGAACAUGAUCGUGGAGGAGUGUGGCUGUGCUUGAGUUUAUUUAAUGUGGAACUGAAGAGGAACAGAUUCACGAUAUUACAGCGAAAAAUGAAUAUAGAAACAGAAUAUUUAUGGACCAUGGAGGAAACAUGCGUGCACACAACCUCAUCCACACAUAUCUACACACAACGUCAUGUAUGCCUGCACAAAACCUGUAUAUAUAUUUAUGUUUGUUGAUAUAUUUUUGCUGUUUUUUCUCUGGAGGAAGACUGUUUCUGCUUCCAUCAGACAGACAUGAAGAGUUCUCUUCCAAACCUUUAAAAAUCUCUGAGGUUCUUCAUCAGAUAUCUCUAAGGCUGGUUACACAUUAGACCAUUCUACCGCCCCCUACUCGUACCUAAGAACAGCUAAGACCCCCAGGGACUCACACAGGACAAAUAAAGAUAAAACCUACUUGUUUUCAUGGAUAAAACUAGGAAUGUUUAAAGGGUAUUAUUUCCAAAAGGUUUGUAUACAGAACCUGGAUUACAUUAACAGUGCUAUCACCGCUAGCAUUCGAUCCUAGUUUCAGAUUUAUGUCCACAUUUCUGAACUAGAUAUCAUCGCUGAAUGUUUCUCUUGUAUGCAAGUUUUACUUUAAUCCCUAUUUUUGCGGCAACAACAGCGCUAAACUUCACUGUUUCCAUGACGUGCUAUCAGUGCUAAAGCACCUAGCAGUUUACUUCAGAUUAUAAAGGACUGUGGAGGCGAAGCAGUAGUCAUUAAGAAAAACUACAGUGAAUACAAGUUUAGAAUGAGCUUUUGGCCAGGAUUAUGGGCCUAAACUGAUUUGAAAAAACCUUAAAACAUCAGUAUCACCAACUCAUAAUUUUUCUGGUGACAACAAAGGGAUCCAAACUUAACCUUUAAGCCGGCUAGUCCCGCCCAUCCCAAGAUAAAAUCCCAACAGUAAAGGCCUACACUCAUUUUUUCCAAAUGAUCUAGAUUUAAAGAACCCAUAACGAUGAUUUUCAAAAAAUAUGAAAAUAUAAUCUUUAUAACCUUAGAGCACACAGAGCCCAGGGUCCCCCUGAGGUCUCCUAGAGGGGCCAGGACCUCAGGUAGGGAACCAAUGUAGUGGACAAGAUUGGGAAGGUGUGGCCCAGUUCAAGGGCUGUAACCAUAGACAUAAUAUUAUAUGCAUUGACAAGCCGGGACAUAUGUUGACGUUGAUGGUGUUGGGAUUUGUAGUUUGUCUUUUUCACACCUCAGUGUGAAGUGCUGCAAGGAAUACUGGGAAGAUGAAUCUCUCUCUCUCAGGCAUCAUGGCUUUUUGUUUAAGAUUAGCCUUCACAACUAAUACAACUCAGGCUUCAAAACUACCAUGUAGGCCGAGUUUUUGUUUUACAUAUGGUCCCAAUAAUGCAAUUUUGGUGGUGGCAGGUCUGCUUUGUAGGUCUGUACAGACAAAGAAUAUAUGAGUGUUUGAUAAGCUUCAAAGGCAGAUGAUGGA